GAGGCCCCUCCUCCUUGCCUCCCCAGGGCCUCAACUCCCUGAGGUCACCCUGCGAGGGCCACUCCAAGUCCUGACUCUGCUUGGCCAAGCUCCUUCCCUCUUCCUGGGUUUGGCUUGCACUUUCUCGCUAAGCGUUUCUUCUCUGAGGCAGAAAAAGCCCAUGGUCACCAAUCCAAUGUUGACUGCUGACCCCAUCUCUCCAGUGUUUCCUUCCCAGGCAACCUGGUCCUCUCUUUCUUGCAGGAACUAUGGAAGGAUAACAUGUACCAGAUGAAAUAUGAAGCAGCAGCUCUGAAGCCUGAGCAAAGGACCGUGGCAACCCCUAUCCAAUUUGGCUUAACUCAGCCUCACUGAUCCAGAUCCAACACUCCUGGCUUCCUGGGCUUGCUACAGCUCUCUGAUCUUUAGAAUCUUCCUCAAUUCCUGCUAGAAUGCUGUGUAAGGCACUUUGCAGAUUUGGUCAAAAGCUGGUACGCAGACGUCCGCUGGAGCAAAAGGUGGUUGAGUUUGAAUUUGGCAGAAGACUGAGCACUCAGGAUUUAGUGGCCCUGGGUGUGGGCCGCACAGUGGGUGUAGGCAUAUAUUUCCUGGCUAAUGAGGUGGCCGGUAAUCAAGCCGGACCAUCCAUUGUGAUCUGCUUUUUGGUGGCAGGUCUAACUUCAUUGUUGGCUGGGCUGUGCUAUGCAGAGUUUAGUGCCCGGGUUCCCCAUUCUGGCUCGGCAUAUCUCUACACCUAUGUCACUAUAGGUGAAAUCUGGGCCUUCAUCACAGGCUGGAACCUCAUCCUCUCCUUUGUUGUUGAUGCAUUCAUUGUGGUUCAGGCCUGGAUAUUAACUUUUGACAAUCUGAUUGGGAACCGGAUCUCUGAGACCCAACAUGAGAGCAUUUCACAACAUGUUCCCCAAGUCUUUGCAGACAAUCUAGGCUACUUUGCUGUGGUCCUUCUGUUGUUGCUCACAGAAAUUCAAAAUCUGAGAUAUCAUGAGUACUACAUAGUUUUCAAAAUGUUUACACUGGUGAAACUUUUGGUACUUGGUUUUGUCAUCAUCUCUGGCUUCAUUAAGGGGGACCUGCACAACUGGAAGCUCACAGAAGAGGACUAUAUAAAGGCCAGACUCAAUAAUACCUCUAGCUUGGGCCCUCUGGGCUCUGGAGGAUUCAUGCCUUUUGGCUUCCAGGGAAUUCUCCGUGGAUCAGCUACCUGCUUCUAUGCAUUUAUAGGUUUCAGCGUUAUUGUUACCAGAGUCAAAGAAUCACAUAAUCCAAUGUGUUCUAUCCCCAAGGGCAUUGUGGUUUCACUGCUCAUCUGCUUUUUGUCGUAUUUUGGUGUCUCUGCAGCACUUACACUCAUGGUUCCUUACUACCAGCUUCAACCUGGGAGCACCUUGCCUGAGGCAUUUCUCCAUAUUGGCUGGGUCCCUGCCUACUAUGUUGUAGCUUUUGCAAUUUAUUGUAGUAUUUUCGUUGGCAUCUAUUGGGGAUUUAUGUUCCCCAUACGUAGGAUGAUAUACAUGAUGGCAAAGGAUCGCCUCCUGUUCCCUUUUCUUGCCAGGAUCCGUACUGGCACAUAUGCCCGUAUCAUGUCCACUGUGUUCUUUGGCAUUGUCGCAGCAAUCAUGGUAUUCUUCUUUGGACUCACUGAUCUACUGGACCUCAGGUCAGUUGGGACCCUCAUAUCUUAUUCCCUGGUGGCUCUUUGUGUUCUUAUCCUCAGGUAUCAGCCUGAGAGGAGGAAUAGGGGAAAUAAAGCACAAGUGCAGGAGGAGAAUGGGGGAAAUGAAGCACAGGUGCAGGAAGAGAAUGGGGGAAAUGUAGCGCAGAUACAGGAGGAGACUGCACCUGCAGCGGAGAAGCUGAGUUUACAGGGACUAUUUUUCCCAGGCAGCCCCACCCCCACUCCACUCUCUGGCCAGAUUGUCUGUGUUUGCUCUUCACUGCUUGCCCUGUUGCUGACUCUCCUCUGUCUGGUGCUGGCCCACUGGCCAGGUCUGCUCUCUGGAGACCCAGUGCCCAUCACAGUGGUUGUGCUGCUCCUUGUGCUCAUCACUGGGACUACUGGGGUCAUCUGGAGACAGCCACAGACCUCCACUUCCCUGCCCUUUAAGGUCCCGGGUGUGCCUCUCCUUCCACUCCUGAGCAUCUUUGUGAAUGUUUUCCUUAUGAUGCAGAUGACAGCUGACACCUGGGCCACAUUUGGUGUCUGGAUGUUGAUUGGGUUUGCUCUCUACUUCAGCUAUGGCAUCCGGCAAAGCCUGGUCUCUUAACCCCACUUAAGGGGUCAUGCUCUAUAGAGCUUGAACUCAGCAGUGUCAGUACAUGUUUGGUUUGACAUUAUCAUGCCUGAAUGCCAUCUGGUUCCCCUACACAAUAAUGGAGAGUACUGUUUGCAUGUGGAGAACUAGGCCUCCCAUGGGAUUUGGGUGUCAAUGUUCAUCUUAUUUAUGGUAAAGUGAAGGAUGUGCCUUUGCUCUUUCUCCUUUUUUUUAAAAUUGUCUACUUUCAACUCUGUCUAUGACAGCCUACUGCCUCUUUAAAAAGGAGCAUAAGGAAUAACAUGGAGGACAUUAGGAAAAGGAAAGGAAAAGUGAAUUGGGGGAAAUCGUAGAGGGAGAUGAACCAUGAGAGACUGUGGACUCUGAGA